AAUAUCAUGACUUAAUCAUCUCCAAACACAUUACAAUAAAAAAUGAUUGAAAGUUCACUAUAUUUUAAAUUUUUAUGAAAAAAUAUAUUUUAAAAAAAAAGUAAUAUUAGAAGAUUUAUAAUGAUUUUUUGGAUUAAAAACCAGGGUUACAAACGGGGCCAAAAAUUGAGGCACACCGCAUUCAAAAAAUUGCAAACCCAAAGCCAAACCCUACGAAAUUAAGAACCCAUUCUCUCUUCAUAUCGAGUGACAUGUCAAUGAACAGUAUUCGCCAUACCCUACUUACCACGAACCUCUCAGUCACAUGAUCUGGAUUAACACACACCAUUCCAUUAAACAGCUCCAUCAGGAAGAUCAAUACGUGGUGAUACGCUUCUUAUAAAGUUGCUCUCUUGCACGAAAUACAUAUGUCAAUGCUUUAAGUGGUUUGUCAAGGGACGAUGAUGAUACCUCCUUGUUAGCUGCUGCUGCUUCUUCUACUACGUCUGGAUUUGGUGUUGGGACGCUGUUUUCAUCGGAAGAAGAGUGGAUCGAUUGAUCCUCUGAUUGUGUUGUUGUCUCCAUCAUCUUGCUUCUUCUUGGAAUCCUUGUUGAAAUUGGGGGUUUCUGUAUCUUAGCUGUAGAGUGGAAGAAGAACCCAGAUUCAAAAGCAAUUGAAAUCGCAAUCAAACAAGUUAUAAAGCCCCAACCAAACAGACUUCUUUUGCCAUCUUCUUCAACACAAACUCUUGCACACUACUUGUUUGAUAGUUGGUCUCAUAGACAUUUCGUCCCUCAUUGCCAUUACCAAAAUGCAUAGAAAUUUCAUGUUCUUGCGCCCAUACCAAUGUCUUGGAUCAUCUUUUAUUGAUAGAAGAGUAAACUGUGAGGGUUUUGGUGUGAGCUCAUUUGGGAAAUCAGGUUAUAUGAAGGUCCUAAUAAUGCACAAAACCUGUGGAGGAAAAAGACCCAGGAAGAAAAUCUACUACAGAGUCCAUGAACUUGACGGAGCCAUGGACCUUCAAAAGAAACCGUCAAUAAUUCUGCAGCUCAAGUCUAUUGUCUAAGCCUAGAAAAGCCAAUCUCUCCUCCGCAGAGACCUUGAAAAAGAAGUUGGGUUUGUUCAAAAAUGGAAUUUCAUGGCUGUCAUUGAGAAGUACCCUACUAUCUUUCAUGUUAGUGGUGGUAGCAGAGCACCUCCCAUGGUUAUGCUUACAGAAAAAGCCAAAAAGAUUGCGGCUGAAGAAAUUUACACCAGAGAGCAAAUGGAACCCAUUGUAGUUAGGAACCUAAGGAAGUUGUUAAUGUUGUCGAUUGAUUGUCGGCUCCCACUGGAAACUGUCGAAUUCAUUGAAUCUGCAAUGGGUUUGCGUUGUGACUUCAAGAAGUCUUUGAUUCCCAAGUACCCAGAAUACUUUUCUGUGAAAGAUGUUAAUGGCAGAGCACAUCUUCAGUUGGAAAAUUGGGAUUCGGGCCUUGCAGUAACAGCUCGGGAGGAAAGAUUGGUGCGGGAAAGGAUUCUGGCCGCUGUUGGACGUUCAGGAAAGGUUAGAAUCUCAAAAGAUGGUAACAUCCUGGGUCCUUUUGCUUUUCACUUGAGUUUUCCUGUUGGUUUUAGACCAAACAAGAGUUACCUUGAAGAAGUUCAGAGGUGGCAGAAAAUGGAAUUCCCUUCUCCAUACUUGAAUGCGAGGAGGUUCGAAUCUGCUGAUCCAAAAGCUCGAAAGCGAAUGGUGGCAGUGCUUCAUGAACUCCUUAGUUUAACUAUGGAGAAGAGGAUGACAUCUGAUCAACUAGAAGCAUUUCAUUCGGACUAUCGGUUGCCAGCUAGAUUGUUGCUUUGCAUGAUAAGGCAUCAUGGUAUUUUUUACAUUACUAAUAAAGGUGCAAAGAGUACUGUAUUCCUUAAAGAGGGUUAUGAUGGGUCAAAUUUGAUUGACAAAUGUCCUCUGUUGGUUUUUUGGGAUAAAUUUGUUGCACUUGCGGGUAGGAGAGAGAUUGAUUCUUAUAUUGGGAUGCCUUCACAAAUUUUACAUGACAGUGUCACUUGAUAAUAUUAGUAAUAUAAAGACAAUUCUCUUUUUCUUGAA